CUAACCGAUGUUAGCUAUGGUCGCUAGUCAGGCAAGCUGAGGGAUUUACGAUGGUGGCGUUUUACUGUGCUAUAUGCAGACAGACAGAUUUCUCAGGUAAAGGACAUGUGUUCGGGAAAAGUCACCAGAGCAAACUGAAAGUGGUUUUGGUGAAAUUUCUUGAAAAGGUGAAAGAAGCGAGAAGAACCAUUAAAUGUCCACAGGUAUUGAAAUUUGAUGCCACUGAACAUGAAACCAAGUUUUGGUGUUACUGCUGCGGCGCCGAGGUACAGAAACACGUCACCGAUGGAAAGGUCACCGUGCUUCAUGGAGGAUUGCUGGAGCACAUCAGCACUCAAGAGCAUCGCAAGAACACAAACAGCUUUUGGUGGAGGAAUAAAGCGGAUCACAAACUGAAAGAGAAGUUUAUUGUUACUGAAGAGGAGACGGAAAGAUUCAAGACAGAAGUUUCCAAAGCUCUCGAGCAGUAUGAAGAGAAAGAGGACACACUCCUAAAAGAGCAAGCUGCUAUGAUCAGAUCUCAGGAGCAACACAGGCUGGAGGUGCUGCAAAAUCUAAUAGAGCCUGAUCCAGAGCUGCAGCCGUCUGCUGAACCAGCCCAGCACUACGUCGAUCAGACAGCCGGUGUGAGUUCAGACACGACUGGAAGCUUUAAUACAACCCCGUUUGGAUUGACGGAGCAGGCAGGUCCCAGCAACCAAGAUCCCUUUUUGCAGAAUCACUGGGAGACCUUAGGGGCAGGACUCACUUUUAUUGGCUAUCAGGACAGCUCAGACAAAGGAAAUGUUCACACAGGCGCUUUACCUCCGUGGCUUCUGAAGGAUCCCGAGGAUGAGAAGGAGAGCUCGCAGAAGGAGAUUGGUCCGUCUCUGAACGAUUUCCUUAAACACAAGAAGCAGGAGAAGCUAAAAAAGCUUCCACCCAAUCGUGUAGGUGCCAACUUCGACCACAGCUCACAAACCGGAGCCGACUGGCUACCGUCUUUCGGCCGGGUGUGGAACACUGGCAGGCGCUGGCAGUCCAGGCACCAGUUUCGACAGGAAGAGGCUAACAGUGGGCAGAGAAGGAGGGAGCAUGGAGGAAAGGCAAACAAGAAACAAAAGCACCUCACUAAUGGGGAUCCGUAAACAUGUACAUACAGUGUGUAAAUAUACACGUGUAGUCCACCUAAUCAAGGUCGUCACGAUGUUAAAGUAUUUUAUUAGCCUUUAUUUUCAUAUGUUAUGGUAAUGUAAUGUAUUAUUUUGCUUUCUUGUGUUUUUUACAGUUUGUUUAAUUUUGUUGGCACCCUUCCACCCCUUUUAAACCUGAUUCUUCCACUUAAUUCAGUUGUUGCAAAAUUCCAUAUCAAUUCCAGAUAUUCUAUGCAGAAAGAACUAAUACCAAUACUAAUAACAAUUCAUUAUUAGUUUUUGCCUUACAUUAAUUUAUUAGUCUACGCUUUAGUGUGUCCACUAGCUUCAUUCAGCCCUGUUUUUUUUAUUUUUGGGGAUGUCUCAGGUUUAUUUGGGUUUGGUUGGCUUGACCUUGUUGACUGCUGGAUUACAACAUGAUUAUUAAAAUGAAACAACAUGCACUUUCUCAUGCGUGGUUCAUAACAUAACCUUUUGAUUAGUGUUUCUGGUUCGGGUUAAAAUAGGGCCAUGACCAAAAAAAACAAGUUUAGUGGUUAGGGCUUUGGGCUAUCAACUGAAAGGUUAAGAGUUUGAAUCCUAGCUCUGCCAUGCAGCCACUGUUGGACCCUUGAGCAAGGCCCUUAACCCUCUCCGCUCCAGGGGCAUCGUGUGAUGGCUGACCCAAACAGGCUGGGAUAUGCGAAGAAAGAAUUUUGUUGUACUGUACAUGUGUGUAUGUAUAUAUGACAAAUAAAGGCAUUCUAUUCUAUUCCAUUCUAUUGUAAAAUAAAGCUUUCGAUGGAAAUUUAA